GAUGUCGACACUGACCACUACAAUAUACUGGUUUACAAAGACGCAGUUCUAGAGUAACUCAGCAGGUCGGGCAGCAUCUCUGGAGGAAGAGAAACAUCUACUCGUGUCCCCCAGAGAUGUUGCUGGACCUACCACAAGCUAGGUGGCACAGUGGGCAGAGCCCCUGCCUCACAGCAUCAGGGACCCGGGUUAAAUCCUGACAUCGGGCACUGUCUGUGUGGAGUUCGCCCGUUACUAUCUAAAUGGUGUCAAGUUGGGAAAAGGGGAAGUACAACGGGAUCUGGGGGUCCUUGUACAUCAGUCUAUGAAAGUAAGCAUGCAGGUACAGCAGGCAGUGAAGAAAGCGAAUGGCAUGUUGGCCUUUAUAACAAGAGGAAUCGAAUAUAGGAGCAACGAGGUCCUUCUGCAGUUGUACAGGGCCCUAGUGAGACCACACCUGGAGUAUUGUUUGCAGUUUUGGUCCCCUAAUUUGAGGAAGGACAUUCUUGCUAUUGAGGGAGCCCAGCGUAGGUUCACCAGGUUAAUUCCCGGGAUGGCGGGACUGUCAUAUGCUGAGAGAAUGGAGCGGCUGUGGGCUUGUACACUCUGUGGAGUUUAGAAGGACGAGAGGGGAUCUCAUUGAAACAUAUAAGAUUGUUAAGGGCUUGGACACACUAGAGGCAGGAAACAUGUUCCCGAUGUUGGGGGAGUCCAGAACCAGGGGCCACACACAGUUUAAGAAUAAGGAGUAAGCCAUUUAGAACGGAGACGAGGAAACACUUUUUCUCACAGAGAGUGGUGAGUCUGUGGAAUUCUCUGCCGUGGAGGCCGGUUCUCUGGAUGCUUUCAAGAGAGAGCUAGAUAGAGCUCUUAUAAAUAGUGGAGUCGGGGGAUAUGGGGAGAAGGCCACACAGUUCAUUGGCUAUAUUUAAGAGGGAGUUAGAUGUGGCUAAAGGGAUCAGGGCGUAUGGAGAGAAGUCAGGGAUUCAGAUUCAGAUUCGGAUUCAGAUUCAGAUUCAAUUUUAAUUGUCAUUGUCAGCGUACAGUACAGAGACAAUGAAAUGCAUUAGACAACGAAACGGAUGGGAUACUGAGUUGGAUGAUCAGCCAUGAUCAUAUUGAAUGGCGAAUGGUGCAGGCUCGAAGGGCCGAAUGGCCUCUACUCCUGCACCUAUUUUCUAUGUUUCUAUGUUUCACCGCUCUCCCCUUGGGAAGCCUCCCCAGCUGUUCCAAUCGGGAUACAGUUACUCGGGCACGAAGGGUUAAUCCUUCAGCUGGUGUCCAGCAGCCGGCUGGUGCAAACCUGGCACACUGACCAGCGACACGAAAGUCCACCCGCACACACUCGCUUAAGACAGCAGCCGAUGGCCAUGGCCUCGUUACUUCUCCUGCUCCUCUGUCUGGUCUCAGAAGCUAGCUCCAAUCUGGAAGAAAAGCUUUUUGAGAAGUUGUUUGCCAACUAUGAUAAACGGAUCCGCCCUGCAAAAAACCUGGGAGACAUCAAUGAUGUGACUCUGAAACUUACACUGACUAAUCUCAUCUCACUGAAUGAAAAGGAGGAAGUACUUACUACGAAUGUCUGGUUUGAAUUACAAUGGGUAGAUUAUCGCCUCUCCUGGAACGAGUCUGAAUAUGAAGGGAUAGAUCUGCUCAGGAUUCCAUCUGGGUUGCUGUGGCUUCCUGACAUAGUCCUUGAGAACAAUGUUGACGGCCAGUUUGAGGUUGCUUACUAUGCCAACGUACUGGUCUACAGCAGCGGCAGCAUGUACUGGCUGCCACCCGCUAUCUAUCGAAGCGCUUGUCCUAUUGCUGUGACUUACUUCCCUUUCGACUGGCAGAAUUGUUCACUUGUAUUCAGGUCCCAAACCUACAAUGCGCAUGAGGUGAAGUUGGAUCUAUCGGAUGAGAAUGGGCAGUUGGUUGAGUGGAUCCACACCGAUCCUGGAGACUUCACUGAGAAUGGCGAGUGGUCGAUAAAACACAAACCGGCCAAGAAGAAUAUCAACUGGCAGUUCACGAAGGAUGACAUCGAGUACCAGGAGGUCAUCUUCUUCCUGAUAAUUCAGAGGAAGCCGCUGUUCUACGUCAUCAACAUUAUUGCCCCGUGUAUCCUCAUCUCUUCACUGGUGGUCCUUGUCUACUUCCUGCCUGCACAAGCUGGGGGUCAAAAAUGCACCCUUUCUGUAUCUGUUCUUCUAGCGCAAACUAUCUUUCUGUUCUUGAUUGCACAGAAAGUUCCGGAGACAUCAUUAAAUGUUCCACUCAUUACAAAAUAUUUAAUAUUUGCGAUGAUCGUAUCAACGUUGAUCGUAAUGAAUUGCGUCAUCGUCUUAAAUGUCUCCCUGAGGACCCCCAACACCCACGGCUUGUCGCAGAAGAUCAAACACGUGUUCCUGGAGUUGCUGCCUCAGUUGCUGGGAAUGCACUUGGAGUCUUCCGAGGAUUCCUGGGACAAGCCCCAGCCCAGACGCAGAAGUUCCUUCGGGAUCAUGAUCAAAGCGGAGGAAUACAUUGUUAAGAAGCCCAGGAGUGAGCUGAUGUUUGAACAACAGAGAGACAGACACGGUUUAAAGAGAAUAAACAAGACGAUAGCAGAUAUCGAUAUUGGAACAACAGUUGACCUCUACAAAAAUCUGGCACACUUCUCCCCAGAGAUAAAAUCCUGUGUUGAUGCCUGCAACUUUAUUGCCAAAAGCAGCAAAGAACAGAAUGACUUUGGCUCUGAAAACGAAAACUGGAUUCUCAUUGGAAAAGUCAUUGACAAGGCUUGUUUCUGGAUUGCCCUUCUUCUGUUCACUAUGGGAACAGUGACAAUCUUCCUCACAGGGCACUUCAACCAAGCACCAGACUUCCCCUUCAUUGGAGACUCCAGGAAAUAUGCACCGGAAUAGAGUGCUUCACCCAUCUCCUUCCCAAUCACAAUUUAGCUCCAGAAACAUUUUGAUGCAUGGAGUCACGCAACACACAAACUAGCCCUUCCGCCAACCUCGUCCAUGCCGACCGACUAAAGUGCCCCAUCUAAGCUAGUCCCUUGCGUUUGGUCCAUAUACAUCAAAAGCUUUUCUGUCCAUGUACCUGUCUUCCAAAUGUUGUUGUUGUCUCAACUAUUUCAUAGAAACAUAGAAAUUAGGUGCAGGAGUAGGCCAUUCGGCCCUUCGAGCCUGCACCGCCAUUCAAUAUGAUCAUGGCUGAUCAUCCAACUCAGUAUCCCGUACCUGCCUUCUCUCCAUACCCCCUGAUCCCCUUAGCCUCAAGGGCCACAUCUAACUCCCUCUUAAAUAUAGCCAAUGAACUGGCCUCAGCUACCCUCUGUGGCAGAGAGUUCCAGAGAUUCACCACUCUCUGUGUGAAAAAAGUUCUUCUCAUCUCGGUUUUAAAGGAUUUCCCCUUUAUCCUUAAGCUGUGACCCCUUGUCCUGGACUUCCCUAACAUCGGGAACAAUCUUCCUGCAUCUAGCCUGUCCAACCCCUUAAGAAUUUUGUAAGUUUCUAUAAGAUCCCCUCUCAAUCUUCUAAAUUCUAGAGAGUAUAAACCAAGUCUAUCCAGUCUUUCUUCAUAAGACAGUCCUGACAUCCCAGGAAUCAGUCUGGUGAACCGUCUGCACUCUCUCUAUGGCAAUAAUGUCCUUCCUCAGAUUUGGAGACCAAUCAUUUGUGUACUCUCAUGUUUGAGAAAGAACUACAGAUGCUGGAGACCAAUUCAUCUGGCAGCUCAAUCUAUCGCCCUUUGCGUGAUUCGCAUUCUGUUUUAAAAUAUUUAAAAAUAAUUUAGUAACUCCUGCAUCUGUUCAUCAGCGGUAAGCGACAAGGCUUCCAGACUGGGUUUUAGAAAGUAAAUCUCCAGAUAACACUUUUUCUCACAGAGAGUGGUGAGUCUGUGGAAUUAUCUGCCACAGAGGGCGGUGGAGGCCGGUUCUCCGGAUACUUUCAAGAGAGAGCUAGAUAGGGCUCUUAAAGAUAGCGGAGUCAGGGGAUAUGGGGAGAAGGCAGGAACGGGGUACUGAUUGUGGAUGAUCAGCCGUGAUCACAUUGAAUGGCGGUGCUGGCUCGAAGGGCCA